AUGGAGGGUCUUGAAACUGGUCCGCUAACUGCUGAUCCAUUACUCUCGCAAGCUCUCUCAACUCUACCAUCAAGCCGCCUUUCUAUUUCUGAUCAUCCAUCACUUCCAUCUCCAUCUGAUGAUUUCUCUGAUUUAUUGCAUCCAGUUGGACUUAAUCAAGCGUACAAUCAAUUCGCAACCCUGCAGCCACUAGCUCCAUUGCCGCCAAUUUCAACGGUGACUGGACAAUGCGAGAGAAUGAUCCGACAACCAUCACCACCCCCACCACCCCCAAGAUCGAAUACAAACGGUUUCUACUAUCCACCAACAACAACAUCAUUCGGCUUCAACACAGUGAACAUCAAAUACGAAUAUGACGUGAAAACAGACAGCCCACAGCAUAGUCCCCAUGAACAAAACGGAGUAAGUCUUCCAGCUGAUUUCUCUCCACAUGGAAUGCCGGAUCCAAUGUUCUCCAAUGGUUUCAAUCAUGCGGCUUAUAACUCGACGCUUGAUCCAAGAUCUCCAAAAUUGGAAAAACCCUAUUUUGACUCAUAUGUUACGGAUGAUGCACCGGAUUUGGAUGGCAUGAAGAAAUGCUGCUCGCCAAUGCACAGCUCAGAUUGUGGUGAUGGAGACGAGUUGGACACAAAGGAGUUGGCCACUCGAAUCUCAGCCGAACUUAAGCGAUACUCGAUCCCGCAAGCGAUCUUCGCGCAACGCGUUCUUUGCAGAUCACAAGGUACUUUGUCGGAUUUGUUGCGAAAUCCAAAACCUUGGGGAAAGCUGAAGAGUGGACGAGAGACGUUCCGCAGAAUGGCCAAGUGGUUGCAAGAGCCCGAGUUUCAACGCAUGAGCGCUCUUCGACUCGCUGCCUCAUCACUCGCAGCCACAAAGCGCCGAGACGACACGUCGUCGAGCUGUGGCCCAAAAAAGCCGCGACUCGUUUUCACUGAUAUUCAGCGACGCACUUUACAAGCAAUUUUCAAAGAAACAAAACGACCAUCUCGAGAGAUGCAAAUCACGAUCAGUCAGCAACUUAACUUGGAUCCAACUACGGUUGCAAAUUUUUUUAUGAAUGCUCGUCGGAGAGGACAUGAGGUGCUCUUUGACGGGCACGAUCGAACAGAGAGUGAAAGCGGUGAUGGAGCGAGCAUUGCGUCAAGUACAGAACACACAAAUCUCCUCGAUGAUCUCGAUGUUAAAUAUCAAACAGCUCCUCCUGAUCCAACAAACGCUUCGGCUACCUCUUUCCUCCACACUCACACAUCACAGACAAAUGGAGAACCAUUAAAUAUCGAGGAGAUUCAAGCUCUACAAGAAAUUGAAGCCAACGUAAUUGGUGAUGAUUUAUCAAAGCAACAAGUCGAUGUGUCAAAUAUGCUUCAAAAACGAUUGAUCGAUCGAUGUCAAAUGUCAAGUGUAAAUCGAACAGGUGAAUCGAAUCUAGGGGAAACGAGAGUGAUUGAUGUGCUUAAAGGAUCGUCUACAGUACAAUAUAUUGUUCAAAAGCCGCAAGCACACCUCCCACGUUCCCAUCACCAUUCAACUCAUCCACAGAAUCCAAUCUUUGAACAAUUA